AUGGGUCCUGCACCUCCAACAAGCACCAUCAGCUCGAAUCAUGACUCUACGCAAGCAAAGAGUGAAGAAAAAGGAGCACUUCAAUCCCUAGUCGAGAUGUCCAAUGAUGCUGAUCUCAGUAUACCCGUGUUAUGGAAGAGUCGAAAAUCUAUCCCCACCAGCAAAUCAAUAUCAUGCUUCCAUUUCAUUCCCACCAGCAGCAAUCAAGAUCGUCGUGGAUGCAGCACAAGUGUUCUUACCAUGCACAAAGAUGGCCAAUUUGAACCUAUUGGGCUUGAAGAAGCUUGCAAGAUGUCAUGGCGUCCAACAGGCGGAUUUGCAUUGACGGGUGGCUGCGACAUCAUGCAAACGUAUGGCGACGAUAUCUCAACCGCCAAACAAUCUACACGUGCUGUCAUGGAUCGGUUCAAUGCAUUUGGGAUCAGUGAUAAAAAAGCACAAUGGCAGGACGAAGAACAGCAGCAACAACAACAACAAGAACUUCGGUUAUUGACACCAUCCAUACCAGUGCAUGCAGCCAAGGAAUUAGCAAACGAUAUUUCAGUCAUUAUGCGUGAACGUGUCAAAUUGGGAUAUUCAAUGGAGAUUCGAACAAAUAUUGAUAUUGUCAAGGAGGAUCACAAGAUGAAAGAGCUUUGGUCAUGGAUCCAUCGCGCUGACAAGCUGUCUCGAGACAUGUCGCAAGUGAUUAGUUACAACUUUCAGGGUGUUCAUGGGAUCUGGUCUGGGCCAGGAUUCGAAUUCAACAAGAAAUCUUCAAAGGAGAAGCUUAUGGCUCUUCAAGAAAAAUCGGAUGAUGCACUUGCCAUGGUGGAGACGACCAAACCCAUUCAACGAAAUUUGGCAUUGAAAGUGUGCGGUUUUGGUUUCACCCAAAGUGAGCUGGAACAAGAACUAGUACGAUUGGAAUCGCGUGGUGAAUAUGAUAAGGCAGCAGGAUGGGCAUUUUUCAGUGGACUUCCUCAUCGAGCCAUUCAAGCUUUGGGGAGCGUACGAGGUUCGGGAAAGAAUGACCAGCAGCGUAAAUUGAUGUCAGCUGUGCUGGCCGGUUUUCAACCCGAUUCACCGAAUGAAAAUCCAACUUGGCGACAGCUUUGCGAAUCAUUGAGUCUCGAUAUGGAGGAUCAACCUUAUUUACGUGCUAUCUUCGCCUAUAUAUCAUCCAACGACUGGUUCCGAGUGCUGAAUGAACCCAACCUUUCACUAAAGGAGCGUGUAUCGGUUGCCUUGCGCGUGCUACAAGAUGAUCAAUUGACCCAGUAUCUCAACAAGCUUACAGAACAGCUGAUUCGAGAAGGUGACGUGGAAGGUGUGCUUCUUACAGGGUUGACCAGCAGAGCGGUGGAUCUUUUGGAGCAAACAGUCAAUCGAUAUGGUGAUGUGCAGACGGCAAGUCUUGUGAUGAGCUUUGUGGUUCCUCGACGUUUCAAGGACAAACGAGUGGAAGAUUGGAUUGAAAGUUAUCGCGCAUUGUUGGAUCGAUGGCAAUUAUGGCAUCCAAGAGCCAAGUUUGAUAUCCAACGUGGACAAAGGAUGAACAAUGCAAGCGAAGUUGCUCCACCUCAGGUUUAUGUACGAUGCACUUAUUGCUCGCAGUCCCUUGGUCACAGCUUGCUGGUCCAGAAUGUUCGAAAUCGAGAGGGAAAACGAAUGAAUGUCCAAACCAACCUCUCAUCAGGAGGUCGUGCUUCGGGAAAGCAAAAGCCUACAGUAUGUCCAAGCUGUCGUAAGCCACUACCACGAUGUGCUUUGUGUUUGAUGCAUAUGGGAACACCCAUCGAUCCAUUACGUAAAGCUAUUGCCGCCAAUGACUCACGUAAAGUCGAUCCAUCAGGAUUUGAUUUCUGGUUUACAUGGUGCCAAACGUGUCGACAUGGAGGACAUGCUGUACAUAUCUUUGAUUGGUUUAGAGAUCAUAAAAGUUGCCCUGUUAGUAGCUGCAAUUGCCAUUGCUUUAGUAUGGGUUCAGGGAAUAUGAUAGAAUCCAAUAAAACUGUGUCAUAG